GGAUAAGGGCACCACUACUCCUGGGACGUCAGAAAUUUCGUCUGCCGUAGUGACCGGUUUAGAUCAGGCCUACCAGAAGUUUUCCUCCGCCGCCCGAGCCUUCUCCCAGGCCCAGGACGAGGCCAGGAACGCCGAGCAAGCUCUGGAGAGCGCUCAAGCGUCCGUGAGCAGCGCGGGUGGAGAGGCGGUGGCCAAAGCCGUGGUGACAUCCCGAGAGGACGCAGUGGACAUCAUUACGAGAGCACGCGCUGAGGCCAGGGCGAAAGUGCUGGCGGCUCGCCGGGACUACGUGUCCGCUGUGGCCAAAGCUCACGCCAAGAUCACCGUGCUGAAAUUAGUGGAGAAGAGAUUCCGCGCUCUGGCUGUCACCUUCGCGAAGGCGCGCCUCUACGCCAGCUCAGCCAUCGCUGCUCUCAAAGGAAGCUCCCAGAAGGGAGCCAGCUACGCUACCGCUUUGGCCACGGCCAAAUCUCGAGUGGCCAAGAUGAAAAUUGUGGAGAAGCGGUUCAUCGCCAUGGCCAAGGCAUACGCCAAUGCAAGACGCGAGGCCAUCCGCCUGGUUAAGGCAGUCCGCAAAGCAGCUUUUGCUAUGGCGCAAGUUUUCGCUUCCUCCACUGCCAAAGUAUCCGCUGCCGUGGAGCUUGCCACGGCAAGUGUGUCUAAGGCCCUUACCGUUGCCAAGGCAACGAGUAUCGCUAAGGCCAUUGCUACUGUAAACGCGGUGGAGGAUGAUCGUGAUGAGGCAUACGAAGAGUUGCGUGUAGCAGCAGUUGCUUUGGCAGAAUCGAGAUCGAACCUAGAGGCAAUUGUCGCCAGUCAUGGAGCUGCUUCUGUCACGGGAUCCGCCUUGGCAGGGGGAGACAGUGCAGGAGCCUCGGGAGAAGAUACCGCCUCCCAGACCAGUUACGGCGACAGCCCCACGCGGCUCAGCUCCACCUACUCUCGAGUGGACGACAAGGCUGCCGCAAGUGUUGCUCUAACUACUGGCUCCAACACCGACAAGACGGAUACUAUGGCAUCUUACUGACACUACGAAUAAAAACACAAAGCAUAUAAUAUGAAAUGGCAAA